AUGGGGGAAGAGGAAGGAAAGGUUAACACACAGUCUGUUGACUUUGAGCUAGACACUGGUGCCUCUGUCAUGUUGAUUGGACGAAUGGCGUAUGGUAUUACGACUGCGCAGCAGCAGUUCCAACUUGUUAUAGAACAAGUUUUAGAUGGUAUGGAGGAGGCUGCUUGUUCAAUUGAUGAUAUACUCGUCACCACUGAUACUGUGGAAAAACAGUACAUGGCACUACAACGUGUGCUGCAGAGACUUCGACCAAGUGGCCCUCGAGGUACAGGAGGGCCACCGGGUACAGCAAGUGGACCACCAGGCACAGGAGGGCCACCGGGUACAGGUGGCCCACCUGGAAGUGGUUCUCCAGGUACAGGAGGUCCUCCAGGUAUAAAUGGACCUCCAGGAACAGGAGGGCCGCCGGGUACAAGUGGACCACCAGGCACAGGAGGGCCACCGGGUACAAGUGGACCACCAGCUUCAGGCGGCCCCCCAGGCACUGGAAGUGGACAGGGCACUGGUGGACCUCCGGGAACAGGUGCUCCUCCAGGAACCAAUGGUCAAUCAGGUACAGGCGGACUCCCAGGAACGGGUGGACCACCAGGUUCAGGCGGACCCCCUGGGACGAGUGGUCCACAAGAAACAGGCGGUCCCCCUGGUUUUGAAGGCCCCCCAGGGAUAGGAGGUUCCGCAGGAACAGCAGGACCUCCGGGAACUGGUGGCCCACCAGGGACCGGUGGGCAACCAGGGACAGGAGGGCCACCAGGAACGGGCGGGACACCAGGCAGUGGAGGAAUGGACGGCACUAGAGGUCCUCCAGGCGCUGGAGGACCGCCAGGCACAGGAGGACCACCAGGCACAGGAGGACUGCCAGGAACAGGUGGUCAUCCGGGAUCAGGUGGCCCUCCUGGCACAGAUGGGCCUUCAGGCACGGGAGGACCGCCUGGUCUGGGUGGUCCCUCUGGCACAUCCGGGCCUCCCGGGACUAGAGGGCCUCCAGGGACCGGUGGACCUCCAGGGACGGGUGGUCCGCCAGGAAGAGAAGGACCACGUGGCUAUGGUGCCCCACCCGGCACCAGUGGGCCUAUGGGAACAGGCGGACCACCAGGUACAGGGGGACCUCUGGGAUUGAGUGGGACAGGCGGUCCGCCAGGAACUGCCGGACAGAAAGGCCAGAGUGGUACACAAGGACCACCUGGCGACGUUAAAGGACAAAAAGGAGACAAAGGAGUGCAAGGAUUUCAAGGAAAUUUUGGCAACAAGGGCGAGGCUGGUAUGGUUGGUAUGAAGGGAGAGAAAGGAAAUAAAGGAUUACCCGCCAGAGGAAUGAAAGGACAGAAAGGUGACUCCAUGGUUAUGAUGCGGAUNUACAAUAACUUGGAACACAAAAAUGUAUUCUAA